UAGAAGUCCGAGCUCAAGAUUCCAAAGGCUGAAAUCGAGUAUAAAAAGGACGUGAUGACAAUAUUUAACUACCUAGGUAGGUACUUAUUGAUGAAGAUAGGUUACGGGUAACAUCACCCCGCGACGAUAGGGGUAACAGUAACACCCCCGCGGUAACGGGUUCGAUAGAUGCCCAAGAAGCGCAGUCCGCCCAAAUUAUCAACCUGGAUUUGUAAUUUUCCACGGGAAAGUAGGCGACAUUCCAACUCCGAAUAUCAACGAAGAAGCCGCGGUGUACGAGACUUGACAGUGCAAAAUGAGCAACGCGUUUUCAACGGGCUACGGCAUUAGCUCGCCCACGUCGACAGAACCAGGAACGCUCAUUUCUACACCUUCCACGUCGAGAGCAAACAGCACCAGUCUGUCUAGUUCUGAAAACUUUCGAUCCGGCCCAUUGAACCUCACAUCUUUGAGCACGACUUCGUGGAGGCAGCCGUAUGCUUCUGUUGGGCAGUUCGCUACGAUAGAACCGGGACUCGUCGUUGCCGCCGGCCCAAAUGGUCUUUUCUAUUUCAAGCGCAUACGAGACCACGCCGCUACACCGUGGUCUGAAUCUCGCCCAUUGCCCACUGAAGGAGUGAUACUUAAUGAGUCAACUGUGUCUGGCCUGGCGCUGCAUGAUACGGGAUUGCGGCUUCACCUAUGUUGCAUUUCGGGCGGUGUCAUACAUACUUUCUAUCUCACUGGUGAUAAUAAUCUUUUGCCGGAUAGAGGCAAUCCGCCCCCCUUGGGAAAACACAGGGCUAUGGGCAAGCCGAUGGUUGUGCGAAGCGGUUACAAUCGAUUGAGCCUGGUCGUCCCGUGCCAAUCUGGUGGUCUGCUUCAUACGUCUGGUAGUUAUUACUCUUUUCCAACACGAUGGGAGCGUGUAGAUUAUCUCGCCACGGAUUUAGGUGUAAUUUCAGGCGUCUCCGUCACGGAAGUACGCACCCAUCCCCACGAUCAUGAGCCUGAACUCGUAGCGGUCUGCAUUUCAGAAGGCCAACUCCAUGUCGUUCAGGGUCCCUUCAGUCUUGGCGGUGGUCGCCCUCCUAGUCGGUGUAAGUGGGGAGGCAAGACUUCUAUUAGGAUACUACAACCGGGCAAGGUAACAGGAAACCCUGUGCUUAUCACUGAUGAUAAUCAUGGUCAAGCCCAGCUUGACCUGCUGGUGCCCUCGGCGGAGGGGGGAAUCUUUCAUUUCGUUCGUACGCACUCUGCACCCAACGAGUGGCACAUGAUCGGGCGCGUUGCAUUUCCUCAGGAUACGCCACCUGCCUCCUGUCUGUCUUUUUACCCUCGGUCUGAUACUCGUGGAACACGCGAGUUGCAUGCCAUGGUCCAAAUUGGCGGUCGCCUAUACCACACCAAAACAACCAACGAUCAGCUGCCAUGGUACAACGCCCGUCUAAAUCCGAUCGUGCAUCCAGGUCCCUUCUUCGACUGAAGAUACGAGCAUUGCUGCGUCCUGUGUCCCUUAUCGCCAUCAUGUACCAUUGUUGCAGGUCACGCCAUCUGUGCCUCUUAGCUAGGCCGAUAGGGCUUCUUUGGCAGGCAGUGUAGAAGGCAGCAGAUAGUCAUAUAAAUGCAGACAAAAUACUCGGCCUCAUUCCAAAAGAACUUGAUAGACAUCGAGGAUUAAGGUCAAGUAUACUGAGAUGUAAAUCAUAAGUAUGAGUUUGAUAAAUAAAAAAGGGUUGGGUGAGUUUGAAAU